AAUUGAAGUAUGCGUAAAGGUUAAAAACAAAUAAAUUAAACAAUCAAAGAGUUCUUAGAACGAGAGAUAGUCGUGAAGAAAAAAGAACUAUGAGUGCGUUCAUGUGAAAGAAAAAUAACCUCACUGGUUUAUAAGCAGUUGUUUUAUGCCAAUCACUGUAAAUCUAUUCAUAGUUUUGUUUGUAUUAUAGCAGUUUAUUGCUCAUAAUCUCACAAAUUACUUACGAACCGUGAUUAGUUGGCGCCUCAGAAUGGAACGUAACUUAGAAAAAACUAUGGAUAACGUGACAAAUGUUGAAGGAGUCAUAGGAUGCAUUUUGGCUGAUCGUCAAGGCCUCUGCUUGGGAGCUAAGGGGAGUGCAUCUGGGCAAAGCGCUGGGUUGAUAGCAGCAAUUGCUGAUGAGGUCGCAAAGUUAGAGCCUGAUUCAAACGCACCCAUUAUUGCUCUAGAAAGUGACAAUCGGCAAUGCAUCAUUCAGCGUCAGGGACCUAUAGUUGGUGCUAUCUACAAAGCUAUAUCACCCUAAAAUCUGACGUCGACGUUGAAUCUUUACGUUUAACAAUAUCUAUCUGAAAUAUGGCUCAAUAAUGAGUGUUUGUCCUACAUUUUCUGUAAUACUGUAUUUUGUUCAGAUUAAAGAUCAUGUUCUUUACUCAUAAUA